AGGAAAACAAUAUCCUAAAGCUCAGCUGGGUGAGCUCUCUCUUCCAUUCUAUGGCCGCCAUCAUCCGCUUUUCGAACUCUCUCUCACAAGAUGAGAUGCUUAUAUUCUUCGUCUCGUCAGCUUCCGCCGAAUCCAAUUCAUUCGUGGCCUCCUCCUUCGGAAGCUACAAGACCACGCGCCAAGAUCCCAGCGAAAGGAACAUGCAGUGAAUGUUUCUCGAAUCUCCUCUGCGUCCCUCACAUUGCUACCGGAGAUCUCUUCCCGGAAGAGCUCGCCUACUCUGGACCCCUCUGCAAACAACUAACGGAAUCUGUGAACCAAGGAAAAUUGGUUUCGGAUGAAAUUAUAACAAGUUUAUCGUCAAAAAGACUUGAAGCUGGAGAAACUAAAGGAAAUAUUGGAAGGAGAAAUAGACAUUGAUUUGCUUGUAAAUCUGAGGCUUCUGGAGAGUGUCUUGAUUGAGAAAUGUCUUGGUAGAAGAAUUUGCUGUCAGUGUGGGAAAAAUCUGACGCAAACCUCAAGUUGUAUGUCAAAGCUCAUUACCAGCUCAGAUGAUACAGAAGAAGUGGUGAAAGCAUAAUUCCAUAUAUACAUCAAAAAGAGUCAGGCUUUGGAGGACAACUAACGUGAUAGAGGAAAAUUGAUGGAUUCGAUUUGACAGGAGGUAUCCCUGAAUCGUGGCCAAAGCUGCUGGAGGCUCUUAACCUUGAUGAUUUCGAGGAAAGGCAGUCUCUUGCAGCAUAAGGUAUUACAUACUACUUUAGUUUUAUACGAGUCUAAUAUUCUUUGCUUGCUGGAGUGGCAUGCUCAUCAAUUUUGUGUUCACAAGAGAGAACUAGUCUCCUUUUGCUAAUAAAUUUGUUUAAUCUUAAUUAUACUUACAGUUUUCCCUAGUUUAGGCCACUCUAGUAUUGCUUGCUAAGAGAUUUUGGUAUAUCUUAAUUUGACAGAGAUACGAAGAAAGGUUUCUUGUGUAAUAGA